GUCUUCGAGUAUAUUUUGCCACCGAGCGCGAUGAUCUGUCUGAUCUGCAAGAUUGGUGUGGAGCAGGUGGGACUUGAUCCUCGGCCCCCUGGCUCUGAGGCCUAUACCAGCGUUGCCAAAACUCCAUUGAUCCUUCGUGAAAACCUGAAGCUUGCUUCCCUGAUGAACACCGUCGUCUUCCACACGAAGCUGCUGGACCAUUUGCCCGUUCUGUUAGAGGAGACAGCUGACCUCACCAUCUUCUGUUUCUACCCGCGUUUGUUCGAGAAGAUGUUCUCUCAAAGCACCGAGGAGCCCUCACAGCUGCCGUACCUGAUCGCAUUCCCGAUGGUCUGCUGCCACUUCUCAAACUGCAUCCACGACAUGUGCCCUGAGGAGUACAACGUCCUCCAGAAACGAAGCCUGGGCCUGUGCAACAGCUUUCUGCAUGAAAUCGCCAAACAGGCCAGCGGCUGUAUGAUCCAACUGUGCUAUGAGCAACAUAACCUCAGCGAGAAGCUCCUGCCCAAGCACACCGCUCAGACCAUCAGCAAAGUCGUCAACAAGAAACGCAAGAAGCCCGUCAGCAAGAAAGCGGAGCCCAACAGAGAAAAGCCGGGAAUCGAGAGCCAGCGAAAGGACAGAGCCGUUGACACCAACAUGGAUAAACAUCACCUGACCCUCACUGAAUACUGCAUGGCCAUCAACUACGUGAGAGAGCUGGUCGUAUUUGAGCACACCGUAUUACCCACUGAAUACUUGACAAGCCAGUUAGAAGUCCGGCUCACCAGAGCUAUCAUGCGGCUGGCCAACUACAGCCAAGCGACUCAGGAGAUCGCCAAGCCGUCUGAGGUCCUAUCCGGUGUCAAGGCAUUCCUAGCGUUCAUCCAUUCUGUAGGCCAUUACGUUAACAUCGAUGUGAGCAAGAUUUGCAAGGAGGUCCUACUGCAGCAAUCCCAGGCCACAGACGCCAAUGGAGAGAUAACCCUGACCACUGCUUACACCAACUGGUACUUGGAAAGUCUUCUGCGACAGGCCAGCACUGGGAUCAUCAUUCACUCCCCCGCUGUCAGAGCUUUCGUGACCAUACCUGUGGAGAACAUGCAGAUAUUCAACGCUGAAGAGUAUUCGGAUGUGUCAGGUCUGUGAGUGGCUGGUUUUUCA